AUGUCUUUCUUCAAAAUAGAACUUGUCUUUUCACGUUCGCACAUUGCUUUUCCGUGUCCUCGGGUCAUUUUCUUUCUUUUUGUUGAAUUUUCACCCUUUUCUUUCAAUUUCUUUUCUUUCCUAUCGUUCACCUCCCUUUCUUAUCUACUAAAGGCAUUUCCUUCUGUUUUAUCUCCUUUUCUAUCUUCUUCGUUUCCUUCAUUCAUUCUCUUUACUUUCUUCUUUUGUAGUCAUUUAUCUCUUUGUCUUUUUAAAAAAAAUACAUUAAAUUAUUCUGUAUUAUUCACCCAUUUCUUUACGUAUUAUUUUUUUAUUUUCUUUCUUUUGUUUGUAGGUGCGUAUAAGUCUUCCUUUCUUUCCUUCUCUUUUAUUUUCUUUCUUUUUUUUCUGCGUUUUUGUCUUCCUUUCUUUCCGUCUCUUUUAUUUUCUUUCUUUUUUUCUUUCUGCCUUUUUGUCUUCCUUUCUUUUCUUUUCUUUUAUUUUCUUCCUUUUUUUCUUUCUGCCUUUUUGUCUUCCUUUCUUUCCUUCUCUUUUAUUUUCUUUUUUUUUUCUUUCUGCGUUUUUGUCUUCCUUUCUUUCCUUCUCUUUUAUUUUCUUCCUUUUUUUCUUUCUGCGUUUUUGUCUUCCUUUCUUUCCUUCUCUUUUAUUUUCUUUCUUUUUUCUGUCCGCCUUUUUGUCUUCCUUUCUUUCCUUCUCUUUUAUUUUCUUUUUUUUUCUUUCUGCCUUUUUGUCUUACUUUCUUUCCGUCUCUUUUAUUUUCUUUCUUUUUUUCUUUCUGCGUUUUUGUCUUCCUUUCUUUCCGUCUCUUUUAUUUUCUUUCUUUUUUUCUUUCUGCGUUUUUGUCUUCCUUUCUUUCCUUCUCUUUUAUUUCCUUUCUUUUUUCUUUCUGCCUUUUUGUCUUCCUUUCUUUCCGUCUCUUUUAUUUCCUUUCUUUUUUUCUUUCUACCUUUUUGUCUUCUUUUCUUUCCUUCUUUUUCCAUGAAUUUCGUUUAUCCCUCAUCGUUACUUACAUUAUAUCUAUCUCUUUCAUUUCUUUCUUUUAUGCUUUUUACCUUUCUUUUUAGUCUGUUUCUUCCUCUCCUUUCAUUGUUGCUUAUUCUUUCGCGGUUUCAUAUGAUUUCUUUUGUUUGUUUGCUUAUUCUUUGUUGCUUUCAUUCGGCUUCCCACAUGUUUCCUGACCGACUGGGCGACGGAGAGCCCGCUGAUAUCGUCGAUGUCACUGUCUCUAUUUCUCUCUCUCUCUCUCUCUCUCUCUCUCUCUCUCUCCCUCUCUCUCUCUGUCUCAUGCUCUGGGCCACCUUUCUGUCUAUCUAUGUCAGUGUGUUCAUUAUCUAUCUAUCUAUCUAUCUAUCUAUCUAUCUAUCUAUCUGUUUGUUAUCUGAAUCUAUCUAUCUAUCUAUCUAUCUAUCUAUCUAUCUAUCUAUCUAUCUAUCUGUUUGUUAUCUGAAUCUAUCUAUCUAUCUAUCUAUUAUCUGA